AUGUUGAAGAAAGCCAUUCUUAUUGGCCUCCUGGCUGCUGUUGUGUAUUUUGUGGGUACGAAAGUCAAGAUGUUGGGUUUUCAUCUACAUUACUACAAGCAUCACCCAGGAACGUGCAGAGUCAUUGAGACUGCUGGCCCCGGUUCUGAGGACUUCCAUGUGACGUCAGCGGGUCUUGCGUUCAUAACAUCCGGUCUUGCAUUCUCGUCUGCACCCCCUAGUUUCCUCGAAUUCCACAAGAAAAACAACAUCAAGGGGCGCAUACUCAUCUAUAACUUCAAGAACCCGAAAAAGGGCUUGGUGGAACUGAAAAUCAAGCCCAGCGAAACUCUGGAUCUAGCAAAGUUCAAACCCCAUGGGAUCAGCGUGCUGGAAGACAAAGCGAAAGGAGAACACCUUGUCUACGUUGUGAACCACCCCAUUCCCGAACCGGACGCUGUCGAAAAGUUCCGAUUUAAUCCGAAGACGAACGAGCUGGUUCAUCUCAAGUCAAUUACGAGUAAUGUAAUGACGACUACAAACGAUCUUGCAGUUGGGGAGGAGGAUAAGUUCUACAUUACCAACUUCAACUAUUUUAAUAACUAUUUUUUGACUGUUGUUGAGGGUCUGUUUCAGCUGCCUUUAGGAGGAGUUCUCUACUACAACGGCACGGGCUUUACGCAGGUGACCCGACGCCUUGCGAAGCCCAACGGCGUGUUUCUGUCGAAAGAUCUCAGGUAA